AUGGCGCCUUUUAAAUCGGUUAUAACCUAUUUUAUCGCCCUCUCCUUCGCCCUUUUACCGUCUGAAGGCCACUUGGUUGGUACGAAGAUCCCCAAUGAGUCUCCUGGCGCUUGGGAUAUUUUGGAGGGUCGAGAGGGAGAGCUAGGCUCUUAUAGUGAGCCUUUGACACCAAUUAAUCUUGGUAGUUGGUCUAGGCGUGCAAAAUGGAAGCGAAACGAUGAGGAUAUUGAUGUGGAGGAUGCGGGUGACGAUUUCGAUGAGGUUAUGGAGGAUCUAAGCUAUGGCGACGAUGCCGACUCGGGUGAAUUGGUGCCACCGGUGAAGCAGCUUAUCAUAGAAAGAUUUAACAGGGGAAAAAUGGUGGAAACGCAGUUCGCGAAAAAGAGCGCGGCCAUACCGGCUCAGGAUCCAGAAUUUGACCCAAGGACAUUGGAAAACGCAUUUCCUUCUCAAAAACAUAUAAGGGGAGUGCCGGCUAGCGUCGCUGAUAUUACACAUCGCAUGAUACCGGAACUUAAAACGGAUCGAUUCAACUUUGAAAACCGUCGGACUUACGGAUUAACCAAGCGAGUUGAAGUAAAUACUGGGGGUCAACCAGUAGCUGGAGGUAAACAGCUACUAACAUACAUAUCUAAAAAGAACCAGCACCUCUAUUUCAACACCUUGAACGAGAGGUUUCCCGAUGACGGAGUACUUCGAGAUUGGAUUUAUCAGUGCUGGGUUAAGGGAUCCGACCCAGAUGAAGGCGAUUCGCAGGUACCCCUUAAAUUUAUCACUUUUAGGGAUUACCACGACAAUGACAGCUUCUAUACUCUAAAAAGGCUGUCAAAGGAGUGGGGAGGCUUUGGUUACCCAAGGGAAAUAGAUGCCGGAUUUAUUGUGUAUAAGGACGAUCUAGAUCCAAGACUUUCCGCUGCCUACCCCGACGGAAAUGCAGGUUUUAGGUCCAAAAUACUUACUACCUUUCACGGAAUUCCAAUGGUAUCGAUAAUCGUUGAAAUGCUUUCGACUUUUCCCAAUGCCUUUCAACGAUACCAAGUAUCCGCAAUAGGGUUUGAAGUUUGGGAAGGUGCGGAACCGGGAGACCUCUCGGAGUCUACAACUUCUCAGAAUGUGGACAGUUCUUCGCCAGAGAGCGAGCCACAUUUCAAUAUCGUGAUAAAACUGGAUCGAAAAGUGGAACCUCUUGAGAUUGCACCCGGGGGCGGAGGUGUGAAAAUAAAGAUUACAAGUGGGGGACUUGCGUCCUUUGCAGACUUGUCGAAACACCCAUAUCAUGCUGAUAUCAGUCGAACCUCUUACGGUCUGAACGAAAAUCCCACGUUCACCAAAUUAAAGGUAGCAUUUUUCGGGAUAGAGUAUUCGUUCGCAAUAUCUCGACUCGAGAAACAUAUUGUCUUCGAUAUGAUAUCAGCUGAAAAACCGCCCGUUGGUGCUAUUAUCCUUCAACCUAGAGGCCGGAAUCAGAUUCAAGACUUUGUGGAUGUUCUAUACUCGACAUGGAAUAAAGAAGCUGGCCAAACGAUACUGAUGGACCUAACUUUUGGCCACAUCCGGCGUACAGACAAGGAUAAAAUAAUGAACAUCCGUAAUCAGCGGAAACCCAAAGAUGAUGACGAAAUAUCCGUAUUUUCUAAAAUCGAUGACGAUUUUAAUUCCGUUUAUCAGUCUUUAAAACAACUUCGUGAAGGGAAAGUCUUAGAGGAAUUAAUUCAGCGAUACGGCGAAAAUCUUGGCGUAUCGGGGAUAUCUAGAAUUGAGAUCGGAGUUUUCACAAAGCAGACUGCCAUCUUGCGAGCGGGAAAUCCAUUCAUUCUUGUGGGGUUUAGACCGGUAGAGAAAUACUCUGAGGCAGUCGCCACAAGGGGUCAAUCAACAUCUUUAGGGUGGUUAGCCAAUUCAGGUGAUAUCGGAAUGGCCGAGGUAGAUGAAGAGGCAGCGCCGAAUAUUCCCAGCAUCAGGGCUGGUAACAACAAGCCUAAAUCCUUCGAGGAACAGCUGUGGGGCGCCUUUCAACGCGGUUGUCAGAAUCAAGCUUGGGAUGACUUUGUCAGGAUCUACCCACUAUUACAGUUAGGGCUACCCGCAAAUGAUAACGUGCCAGAUCAAGGCUAUAAGUUUACGCUAAAGUCGGAUAAUAUUGAUAUCGGAGCUAAUCGGGUGGUGGAAAUACUGGAGUAUCUAAUGGCCCUUCAAGCUCAAGAUAAGCAGGACCGGGACUUAAAGGCCACAAACACCAGACCCAAAACAAUUUCAAAAGGAUUUAAACAGCCACGUGCCCUGGGGUUUUUCCUACCGACAACCGAACGCUGGUUUCAAAAAGACACAAAAAUGGCAAAACGCCCAUUUAGAACAUAUCAGUUAUUUGAAGUUGAACGGAAGACGUCUACGCGAAACACGGAUAAACUUCGAGUGUUUCGAAGUAAAAUAAUGGAACAUUUAGCGGUGCUUUCACUUUCGGAAUGGGUGAGCCAGCUUGAUUUUGGGGAUGCAUUGAUUGCGCUGUGGAAUGAUGCCUCAAGCUUUGAAGAGGUAGGAUAUAGCUCCCAGAAAACAGAUCUAGAGUCGUCCGGGUUUCCGCGAACGGCAGAUGGAAUUCGUCAUGUGUCUUUCUUCUCUAUCACACCGUAUACUCAAGGGAUAAUCGAGUAUAUCUAUCAAACGAAGAAAUUGGCAAAAGGAGAUCCUUUGAUACUAUGGUGCACAUUGGAUCCGAGGUUUCUAGGAGGAGUUGGGCCGCAUCAACACCGCCAACAAGCUUCUGACUACGCGGCCUACCACCGCUAUCCACCAGAAGAUAGGAUUAGCUGGCUACUUUUGUUGGGGUCACCAGAGCUAUUUGGUAUUGGACAGAUGAUUAGGAAAUACAGAGGAACUAAGUUACGCUUUAUUACUGCGAUAGUGGUAAGAUGGGUAUCUACAGGCAAGGGCGAAAACGAUCCAAUGAGACCCGAGAUGGUGGUUACAAUCGACAAACCGUUCCCCGGCAGUAUCGGUACGCCAGUAUAUGAUACAGAUGAAUCCCUGGCUCCGAUAGAACUAAGAGAACUUCUACCGGGUGGUGGCAGGCAAUUUUUGGUGAAUGAGUACCGCGGAAUGUUGGCUGCUUUGACCGAUGAGAAAUUAAACGCUGCCUUUGAGUCGUUGGACCAUACGGGGUGGGUGAUUUCCCAAAGUAAUAGAGAAGAGGUUUCAGCCCCUGGUUGGGCUCGGAAUCUUCUCGAAGCAGCAGAGCUCCCAGCAAUGAGUUUAUCAAUUAAGCAUAGUCUCAGGACUGUUCAUGACAUGUACGGGCGAGUGAAUAGGGCGGUAUAUGCAGAAUACAAUGUUCUUCACACUGCUCAAGCACUGAAGAAUUCAUUUUUAAUACUCAUACGGGAGAGCAAAGACACGGGGAGCACCUUGGGUAAGGAAGGUCCUAUCAGGGGCCAUAUAAUAGUUCAAGAGGCGAUACCAGCAGAUUCAGAGCUCCCUAGUAUUGAACCGAUACUGUCGAAAAUAUGGUUAGAAGCUUCUUCAAUCCCCCCACUAUUGAUAACCUUCCGGAAAUUGAGUAGCAUAGCUGAAGCUAUUGUAUUUAUGCUUUGGAAAGAUCUUUCUUCUCCAAAAUGGCAGUCAAAUCCUGAAGACACCGCUUCUACGGUCUCAAGAAGACCAAAGAUAAGGGUCACCACUGGGGAUGCGUACCCUAAAUAUGUAUCUGGUGAUAGAAAGUGGGUGCUUCCUCUGCAAGCGUGGGGGCAUACAUUUGACAUCCUUAUGGCAACUCCGGAAGGCUUGCUGGUUUCCCAAUUUAUACAGCGUCACUUCAACGCAAUGAAGAGUAGUAGGAUAGUCUCUAUCUACGUGGAGUCCGAAGCAGAUGGGACCGGUUUGAAAAUGCUUUUUGAUAUUCAACAGCGCGCGGAUAGCAAGCCAGAUUGGUAUUCGAACGAAUAG